AAAUCCUAUAGAAAAAAUGUGUGAGAUAUUAGGAGGUAAUUAUCUAUUUUUGUGAUAUAUCUCUAUGAAAGAAUACAAUUUUCAUCUAAAAUGUUUGAACCACAAUCUUUUUUAAAAAGUGUUAUGUGCUAAGGAAGUGAUAGAUAAAUUGUUCAAAAACUCUAUUCUUUGGGCUUUCACUAGCAUAUAAAUAAAGCCCAGUUAACGAGAAAUUCAAUGAGAGGCCGCGCAGUUUUGUACCAAAACCUGGAAACGACACGGUGUUUAUCAUCAGCACCUCCCUUAUAUAAAAAAAAAACUUUGCGCAAAUUGGGAAUCUUGGGGAUUCAACAAAUUCGUUUCCUUUCGUAAAAUUCCCUCUUCGUUUGAGCUCUUUGACGUUGGGCACAACCAGAUUCCACCAUGGAUCUUUCCAUCGUCAAGCUCCUUGAAGAAGACGACAAGGGUGACACUAAGCAUUCCGAAGAUGAAUUGAACAUGUUUCAGGAAGCUCUGAUUCGAGAUAUCGAAGGAAUACAUCAUCCUCAGUGUACGAAACUACCAAAGAUGAGUAGCCAACAGGCUCGUGGAGUGGAACAUGGUCUUAUACCAGCACGAGUUUCUGAUUUGCUUCGUAUCUUAACAGACCUCAACAAAGAUAGAAAGAAUCAAUUUGAAAACCUGUAUUGUAAACUCAAGAGAAAAGAAAUUACAACAGAUAGGCUCAUACGACAUCUGAAGGUUGCUGUUGGUGAUCAGAUGAUCAGAUCAGUUAUUAGCAAACUGCAUCA